GAGUAUAUGAAUCUCAAUGAGCAAGAGCUAAGCAUGGAUUUUGAACUUGCUGAAAAAGAACAUGACAUUUUCUCCAAAAGUUCGGUUAUUAUAGUUGAUGCAGUCCCCAUCAAUAAUGUGAAUCCUAUGGAGCAAGAGCUGGCUAUGAGUUUUGAAGUUCCUUCUGAAGAACAAAAUCUGUUUAUUGGGGACACUGUUGAAGAUAUGGUGCCCACUAAUCAUGAAGAACUUGAUUUUAACUUGGAAAAACACAAUGAAUCAGCAACUGACAUAACUUUUGUUGAAGAAGACAACCAGUUCUCAAAAGAUACAAAUGAUGGUAUCAAUCACUUAACUCAUUUGUCAGCAAAGAAGCAGGAAACCUUAGGUGAUAGUCUGACUUUUUUAAAGGGAAUGGCUAAGUCUAGAAACAAUGAUGAGAACAGUGCAAGAAAGCUCCUAGGUGCUGUAGUUGAGGAUGAUGUUAGUAAAAAGGCUGAACAAGAUAAGCCCAAGAGUUUAAAUGAAAAAAGUUUAAAUGAGGCAGCUAAAGAAGCAGCUGCAAGCCUUAUCAAUUAAAAGCAUUGAUACCAACAAAGAUGAUAUGGUGCCUGAAGCAAGACCUGCAAUGGAAGCUGUGUGCGACAACCAAUAGGCUACCAGAGAAGAUUGUCAAGGCACCCUAUUGCUCCAAACUUCUAUGAGUGUAACAUCAAAUUUUGUUUCAAACUUUUGAUGAUCGCAAUACUACUAUGUUUUCUAGUUUCCCCCUGUCGAGUU